AUGAGCCCAACAAUCAUUCACUCCGUAGUCCUCUUCGACGGCCAUGCGACACAUCCCAAUGCAACCGUGACAUUUGACGGAGACAGUGGCACAAUCACCUCCGUGUCUACUGCUCCAAGCUCAGUACAGUACCCUGCCGGAGCCACAGUCAUUGAUGGGAAAGGCCACACGUUGCUCCCCGGGCUCAUUGAAUCCCACAUGCAUGUUCACGGCUUACAUCUACCACCAGGAUCCGAUGAGUCUGGUAUCCUACGAUCACCUCUGAGAAGCGGCGUCACCACCGUCUGCGACAUGCACUCUGACCCAGACUCGGUAAAGAAAUGGCGAGGCAGAAUUACCGAUGAACUCGCCCACGCCAAAAGUUCUGGCGGCACAGUGUCGCUGUCUGAUCUCAAGAGUUCACUCUACGGCGCGACCAUUGAGGGCGGGUGGCCUAAGCCAAUUGUGCUUGGUCAUGAUCCAACAGAUGAGCUCAAAGCCUAUGUAUCUGUCUGGCCCAACGUGACCGUCGAAAAUGCCCACGAGUUCGUCCAGAGCCACAAAGCCAACGGAGCAGACUACAUCAAACUGAUGCAAGAAAACUGCUGCUCCCUCGCGAUGCCCACAGGCGCCAUCCCCGUCGCCACGCUCGAGCUGCAAACCGCAGUCGUGAAAGCCGCUCACGACGCAGGGUUCCCUGUCGUCGGUCAUGCUCUGAGCGUCGACAUGACCGAGAUCGUCCUGAAAGCUGGCGCCGACGGGCUCACACACACCUUCAUCGACCAAGCCCCUUCUCAAGGCAUUGUCGACCUGUACAAGCAGACAGGCGCCUUUGUGAUCCCCACGUUGACCGUGCUCAGCAGCCUGACGUCCGAAAUGCAAGAAUUGCGCGACAAAUUCGCCGAAAUCGCGCACAGCAAGGGGAUCGUCGACGCCUUCACCAAGCAAAAUAUGCUUGAGUGCAUCGCCAUGAAAGAUCCCGCAGCGAAACUCGAAUAUGCAUUUCAAACGGUGCGGAAACUGAAAGCCACCGGUAUCGAUGUCGUUGCCGGCACGGACGCGGUCGCCGGUCUCAAGGGCACAAGUAUCGGGCCUAGUUUGUGGAUGGAGCUGGAAUUGUUCGUCGAUAAAUGUGGUAUGAGCGUCACGGAGGCAUUGAAUUCCGCCACAGCGCUACCGGCCAUGAGAUUUGGGUUCAGUGAUCGUGGAGUCAUAGCAGAAGGCAAAAGGGCCGAUCUCGUUCUCGUCAAGGGAAGUGUCACGGAGAAGUUGCAGAGUCUCUGGGAGGGCGAGGGCAUUGUGGGUGUGUGGAAGCAGGGAAUCAAAGCUGCCUGA